CAAAAUAGACUAGUAAGGAAGGAAGGAAUUGAAAUGCAACAAAAUUGUUGGUGGCUUGGGAUUUUAAGUCUAUUUUCUUCCUCCUUAUCCAUGCAAACUUCUCAAUCCACUUAGCAGUCUGUAGGAGGGGCACAGACAAGUGCAACAUGAGAGAGAGAGAGAGAGAGAGAGAGAGAGAGAGAGAGAGAGAGCGCUGUGGAGUGUUACAUAAGUUCCACAGCCAAGGAUAAGAAGUGAUUGUAUUUUUUUCCUUUUAAACUUUUAGCUUUCUUUAACAGUCUGAAGUAAUGGCCCAAGUAAAAGUGCAGCGGUUCUUGCUGAUCAUCCUGGCAAUAGGCAUAACAGCUCCAGUGGCAGAGGGUUGUAGCUGUAUUCACGCACAUUUACAAGAUCUAUUCUGCUAUUCUCCAUUAGUGUUUCGUGCUAAGAUAAUUGAGCAGAAGAUUGCACCUCCAAGCUACCGCUUACAUGGGGAAGAGAUGAUUGAGUACAAAAUUAAAUUAAUCAAGAUGUUCAAAGGCUUUAACCAAGUUGAUACUAUUCAGUACAUCUAUACCUCAGUGGAGGAAUCUUUGUGUGGUGUUUACCUGGAUGCCAAAAACAAGGUUCAAUAUUUGCUUUCAGGACAUCUGUGGCAUGAUGGAAAAGUGCUAGUCGAACUAUGUGGCAUCGUUAGGCGUUGGAAAAAUCUCUUGUUGUCUCAGAAAAAGAAACUCAAGUACAGAUACCAAAAAGGAUGCGAGUGCAAAAUUUCCACCUGUUACAAAUCCAACUGCCAUGCCAAGUCUGAAAAUGAAUGUGCAUGGUAUCCGUACAGCAGGCAAACUCUCCAUGGUGUAUGCCUCAAACGGACCAACGGCACAUGCAACUGGUACAUAAACAGCUCUGGCUCCCAUACACAGCACAAUGUUGGACAAAAACUUGUAGAGGUCAAAAAAUCUCGUCCAACAGAAACAAUACAAUAAGGGCUGACUCACAGAAACUGAGUUUGUAAGAUAAGCUACAAGCACUAAUCCCCAGCACUCAUCCUGAUCUUAAGCAUUCAUAACUUGUCAUACUUGGCUAAGGGAGAUUCUUCUAAAUUUGCCCAGAUGUGACACAGUCUCUUCAUUCAAGCAGAAUAUGAUAAUUCAUCCAGAUGAAAUUGAAUAAAUAAGACAACAUAACUAUAAACCUCAGGAGCAGAUAACUAGAGAACUUACCCACAAGCCAUUACAAACAAAACAUUUUCCUUACCUGUUUAAAGGUGACAGUAGGAAAAAUAGAAUGCUUAAUAUUUACAGAUAUAUAUAUAUAUAUAUAUAUAUAUAUAUAUAUAUAUAUAUAUAUAUAUAUAUA